CCGUCAGGUGCACAGAAAUACUCAACACGUCCUGACUGCUGCUGUCUCAGAGCCGCAGAAUCAUCCAGGAGGAGAGUCAUUAUUAUUAUUUUUUAAGUCUUAUUUGUUAUAUUUUGCGUGAAUUUCUUUCCUUUCCAAUUGAUGGAAAGAGCAUCCUGCUAGGAGCCUCCAGCGGCGUCAUGUCCUUCUUAAGAAGCCCGCGACCUGCGUAUAAAUAACACUUAAUUCAACAGAAUAAAAGAAGACGGCAGGAAAAACCAGCCUCCUGGACUAAUGGCUUUCUUCCAACAACUAAAGCUACUUUUAUGGAAAAAUGGCCUGACGGUCAUCAGACGGCCGAUAUGGUCCAUAACCUUGAUCUCCUGGCCUAUACUCAUCUUCCUCAUCAUGGCUGUAACCCGUCACCAGUUCCCACCAAUUGUCCGGGAUGCAUGUUACGUGUCACCGAGGAACCUACCGAGUGCAGGCUUCUUCCCUUUCCUCCAGACCCUAAUGUGCAACACAGACAGCCACUGUUACAACACAUCACGUCUGGCAGAUUCUGGCACCUCAACGUCAUCCCGAGACAAACGGUCUGUCGACAUGCCGAAAGCUUCACCGUUCGCAACCCUGAUUCAAGGAGGAGAUUUUUUCAAUUUUGCUAUUCCAAAUAACUCCCUAAGUGACCCUGCAGCAUUGGUUAAAGCCAUGGAGAGCAUUUUUGGGUCUUCUCAUCAAGGGAACCAGAACAGCGUCCCGCUCAUGACUGCCAUCAACUCCACUUUGCAUGAAGAGGAAACCAUUGACAAAAUGCUGGAGACCAUAAACGUUUUGAAAAGGGCCAUCUGCUCUUUGACUCUCCCCAUGAUAAACAGAACCCCGCAGAGCACUUUAACCAAUGCUGUGGUCACUUUCUGCGAAACCAACAACACCAUGUUUGAAGUCUCACUUCAAACACUAAACCAGAUCCUGACAGAAAUGUUGCUGACAAAACCAGAGGAGGUGCUUUCAGCAGCUGGCAUGUCUGUGUUGCUAUUCGAUCGGCUGCAAAAUGAGACUUCAAUGUGGGAAAGCCUCCUCGGUCUUCCUCAUGUCCUCUCCUCUGGUUCUGUUGACGAAGCGCUGUCCAGCACAGAAGACCUCCUUACAAACAUCCAGAGGACCUUGCACAUCAUUGAAAACUCUUUCCCUGGCACAAAUGAAUCAGUCGCUGCGUUGCGUCCACUGCUGGUCCGAGCCAUCAACUUGAUCCACUAUGUUCAAAACUGGCCAGGCAAAGAUGUUUUCAUUCCCCUCGACGCAAUUGUCACAACAGCCAACAGUUCACUGCUGACUGAGUCAGCAGUGAACUAUGUUCUGCAUCACAUUCAGAUACCACUUGACAAGGCCAUCGGUCUGAUGCUGGAUAAAGAGGUGGUGCAUUUUUACCUGUGUGGCAACAGCAGCAACCCAAUGUGGCUGGCAGCAGCAUGCAGCACAGGGACUGUGGACAUGCUUCUGAACUGGAUCUGCCCUGAAAAAGUGGCAAAACAGACAUUCCUCGCUUGGAGUAAGCAUGUGGCAGUCCAUGAUGUGUCCUUCGUCAAGGGGUUGGUUCACAGUAUAAUGGGCAGUUAUUCCUCGGACGCACACAGCAGCGGCAACAUUACAAGGUCCCGGCGUAGCGUGGACACACAACCCCAAAGUACAGAGGAGGAGCUGUUUUGGUGGACCGCAAAGCUGAUUCUUGAUACGGCAAAAACAGAACCCAAGCUGGAUUUGGUCGUCCAGAGUCUCUUCAGAACUGCCUUUCAAAUCAUAAAGGCAGCAAAGCAGACUCUGUACAUUCUACAAGAAACGAUGAGUGAUGUCCUGAAGGACUCCGAUUACCUCCAGCACACUUAUUGCAUCUCGCAGACAAACCGGUCUGAAGGAAGCGAUUUGAUCAGUCAUGUCUUUGACAGUGUCAUGGAAUAUGUUGUAGAGUCUUUGGAGUCAAAGUGCCGUACAUGUGAAGAACGUCUCAAACCCUUUUUGUGGCUCUUACCCCGCAAAACCAUAAAUAAAGAAGCAUGGGAGGCACUGAUCUGUUACAACAGCUCCACUCUAAACCAAGUUCUGAGGCAGGACUGGGCUGAUUGGUUUCAACAGGUGCAAGGAGUGUACUACACUCUCACAGACCAAGUCGACCUCAAUGUCACUCUUUCCAUCUUCCUGUCUGAGUGGCAUGAGCUGUAUAAUAGCAGCUUACAGUCCCAGGAACUUUUGAACAGACUGAGCACAGAGCUGGGUGGAGCACACUGGUCACGCUGCAUGCCAUACUCCACUUACCACAAUCUGAGCCUAACUCUUCUAAACAGGGCACUUAAGUUUUUACCAGAGUUUGGAGAAUUAAUUGAAAAGACUGAAAUGUGGCCUGAGAUGAAAGACUACUUCUACAUGAUGAACUGGGUUUUGAACUACAGACCUGAUAACACAACUCAGGCUGCAAACUGUUCUGUUAACAUGGACUCAUGGGCAAUACGCUGUGAUGCUGAAUUUGAGUGGCCAGAGUUUGCUGGAGCAUUGAAGGAGGCUCUGAUGUCCCCGAGCCAAGAAGUGCUAGUGAAUUGUCUGAAUGGAACAGUGAAUCUGCUGAACAGUGUGUUUGGCGACAUGGAAACACUUUCACCAAACAUUUAUUCUGAAAAACAAAUGAACGAAGAAUAUGGCUUCUCUGACAAUCUAAAUGCCCUCAUGCACAACUUGGAUGACUUUGUUCAGGAACUUUCUGUUCUGCCACCCCAGACCAUCUCAGAUUCUUCCGAUAUGCUUCCACCUUUUAGCAACUUGCUACAGUCUUCUGGUUUAGAGCCACUUGUGCCUUUGCUGAUGAAUGAAGCUCCCAUCAACAUGUCUACAGUCCUGGCUGUGGCAUCAAUGUUUGUCAGGGAGAACCAACACCUUUUUGAUGGGACCGACCCUGAAGAGGCUAAUUUGGAAGGCUUGAUUACGCAGUUCCUGUCCUUGGAUAGCAACCUAACUCUGUCCCUCUGUCACAUGAUGAAGCAUGUUUUGGUCAUUUACUCCAGCUCCUUCCGUCCCGAAAAAGUCCUCCAUCCCAAAGACGCCGCUCCUGCCAACCAGACCUCAGCGUACUUUGUGGAGGCUGCUUUAAACGCAGCGGAGCACCUGGAUGAAAUGAUAAGUUCUUCAAAUGCGGACCCAGCGAGCAUCAUUCUUGAGUUCAUGCAUGAGCUUCAGGAACUCCUGUUUACUCUGUAUAGACUGCAAAGAAUAGAACAUGUUUUAUCACCAAACGGAGAGCUUAAUACAACUCAAGUUACAGACCUUGACAUGGCAACCAUGGAAUUUCUUGGCUUCUUCACCCCUGAGGGCCUUGAGAACCUGACCCAAGCUGGACCUAAUGUUGCCCAAGACAUUGUUUUCCAAAAGUUGGCCCAAUUCUUACCAAGUGUUGCCCAAAAGGAUGCAGCUCACUAUUUACAGGACCUCAAAGCUCUGCAGCAUCAGAUCAGCAGUUGUGCAGAAGGCCAAAACUGUUUGAUUGACUUUACUGAAAUCUUCUUGGUUCUUGAUCAGAUUUCCCAAAUGAUGCUUUCUGCCGAUGACAGUAUCACCCUUCACGUAGCAUCACGCAAUUCCAGCUGGCAGUGGGAAUCUGAGGAGAUCACACCUACGUUCCUCUCACUUCUAGCACUAAAUGAAAAUGACUACAGAGAUUCAUUCAAACAGACACUUGACUUCAUCAAAUUGAUCAUGGCUAAUCCAAACAUUUCCAGUGUGCAGGACGUCCAGAAUGCCUUGAAACAGUCAAACCUAACAGUUGAGGAGCUCAAUGAGAUCGCUGCACUCGCUGGGGCUGCCAACAUAAAUGAUCUGAUGGUAAAUGUGAUGGAGAUCGCUAAUUCACAAGAGUGUUUUCAACCUCAGGAUGACACCAAGGUGACAGCUCAGUGUGUCAUGGGAUUGAUUGAUGGGCUGAGCGGCUUUUUGACACACCUGCCUGGUCUCAGUAACAACACACAGAUCCUCUCCCAAAUACCCAUAAUUGUCAACAAAACUGUCAGUGAUUUCAUCCAAGUCGACUUUAACUCCAACUCCAGCAGAGACUUUGAGGACAUCUUUAAGAACGUCUUGGCCAACAUCAAAGUGAGCCUUCAGAUGAACGAUCUCAAUAACACCGAGAUUAUGAAUGAAAUAAGAGUGGUGGAGGGUCUAAUCCAGCUAGUUACCAACAUGGACUCAUUUAACAAUCUGAAUACCACAUUGACGAACGACCCCAUUCAAAUGCAGAAAGUAUAUCUGGAGCUUGUGGAGCAUUAUCUGAAAAAGCUGGAAUAUAUCAGCCACAACAGUUCAGCAUCAGCGCUCCUUCGUCCGUUUUUCCACAUCACGCAAAUGCAAGUGACACUGCAGCUCGCCCAGACAAAUUUCUCUCUGUUUGUCAACCACAAGAUUGAGAGUCUGAUGAACGACCUUCAAUACCCAAUAGAUGGAAAUGGUUUGAGGGAAAUUGGCUUUACAGUAAUCGAGAUCAGUCAGCAUCUUUUAGACUAUAUAAAGCUUAAUCUGGAGCUUCAAAAAAGCACUCUCCAUUUUGACCAAAUGUUCAACACAACUCUGCUGUACUCCACUGACAACCAAAUCAGGCGCUAUCUCAGAGUUAUUGAGAAAUGGAUGAAACAGCCUGAUGUCCCAACUGUCCUUACAAGCAUGCUCCAAUGGGGUAACUCCUCUACAUCUUCUCAGGUGACAGACCUCAGUGUUUUGCUGCAGACGAUGGACUUGUUUUUCUGUGACAAUCAAAAGGUGUACCUCGCCAUGAUCAGAAAUAUCAGCCAAGCUUUGAGCCAAGUACUACUGGUGCCUUCCCUACAGAGUGAGCAAUUCCUGCCUGGAGUCUUGAGUGCAGCACAGACAGCAAUGCAGCUCUUGAACACAACAGGAGUACCCCUACCAGUUUUUGUACAGAAUGAUAUCCUGGAAAUUGUUAGAGAUUCUGUGAAUCUCAUAUUCAGCCCUGACACAAAUUUCACCUCAUCACGUGACACCUUACUGCACCUCCUGGAGAAAGCUGACGGAGUCAUUCAACAAACAGUACCAGAAAUGUUUAGUGGCUAUCUGCUUCCAGGAAUCAGAGUUGCAGCUACCUACUUUGAAAGCGCAAACAAAGAAAGUGGACCAGACCAGUGGAAUCAAAUCAUUUUGAAUGAAAUGAAGACAGUCCAGAGCUUUCUUCCACCACACAGCUCAGCUCAGGCCUAUGUGUCAGUCAUCUACAAUGUGACUCUUUUCAUCUCAGAGUCUGGUCAGGGCAACACGAGUGUCUGGGCAAGCUUUGAGAGUCCAUUUCUUGAAACGUUGCCACAUAUUAUUGGCCAGUUAAGCAAAUUCCUGUCCAUGAUUUGGCCACUUGUUAUGGAGGAGACAGAUGUACAGAUACCAGUUUUGUCCCUGGAGAGCUUUAUUCAUCUUGUCCCAGUUAUGAAGCAAAUUUCAAAUGGGAAUGCCGACCACAACACCUGGGAAAAACUUGACUACAUGCUGACAGACCUGUUUUCAGUCUUUGAAAAAACUCAAGUGUGGAAUGGAACUCAACAUGUAAUACCUGUGUUUGAAAAAGUCAUGGAAAGCCUGGUGAAGAACAUGCAAGCAGAGAAUGGAAUGGUCCUGAACCUUCAGAUGCCAAUAAUGACGUUAUUAAGCGAAAUAGGAGGGUCAUUGAACUCCAGUCAUGUAAAGUUGUCUGACCUGUCAGAUGACAUUCAGUUUGCCAUAGAGCAGACAGUAGAAGCAGUUCAGCAGGCAAAUAGCACUUUAGACUGUAAUGACGUGCUGAAAAUUUGGGAGCCAGUUAGGGAGGCAGCUGGGUUUCAGAAUGACACUCUGAGACUGUGGUGUGACAUCAGCCUGCAGCCUCUUCUGGAAACUAAUGCUGAAGCCCAGCCAGUUUACUCCAACCUGGACACGAUUCUCAUGUCGGCUGGGCCCAUGAGUGCAAACGGAGCAGCAGACAGGAUCGUGGAAACUGUGCAGUCUCUCUAUGAAGUCAACAUGAACCGAUCAUUUGUGAUAGAACAGUUCAUCAUGGCUGUCAGUGAUCGGCUCUCGGUGAUGGGAGGCCAGUCUUUGAGUUCUGAGGCACAGAGUCACUGGUGGAGCCAACUACAAGGCAUGGAGAUGCAAAACAGAAUUCUUUAUGAAAUGGAGGCAGCACAGAGCUUCUUAACACCAAACAGCUCAGCUCAGGCUUACGUCUCCAUCCUCAGUGACAUAGCUCAUUUCAUCCUGGGGCCCGGCCAAGGCAACUCCUACCUUGGAGCAAGCUUUGGAAAUGCAUCAUUUGAGACUUUGCCAGAAUUGAUUGGCCAGAUGAGUAAACUUUUGAAUAAAUUUUGGGAGUCGUUUGUGGGGGGCCCGGACUCAGAAGAACCAGCACCGUCCCUGGGGGACUUUGUCAAUCUUGCCCCAGUUUUGGAACGGCUGGUGACUGGCCAAGCAGACCAAAAAUCCUGGUUUUUAUUGGAACAGAUGGUCAAAAACCUGCUGAUACAUUUGGGAGGAAUAAUGUCACCAAACAGGAUCCAAAAUGGCAUUUAUGUGUUUGAGAAAAAUGUGGAAAACAUAGUAAAAAAACAGCAGGAAGAAGCUGCUUUGAUUCAAAGCCUUCAGUUGCCAUUGGGGAGCCUAAUGAGGGAGAUUGCAACCACCAUGAACUCCAGUGAAAUAAACUUGUUCGAUCUCUCAGAGACAGUUGGUUCUGCUGUUGAAAACACAAUGCAAACAGUUCGGCAGGCAAAUGGUACAUUGAACUGUAAUAACAUUUUGGAAGCUUGGGAACCGCUCAGAGAAGCAGGAGGAUUAACUCAUGACAACCUGACUUUGUGGUGUGAAAACAGCCUGUGGCCAGUGUUAGACGCCUUUAUUGCAAACCAGACUGCUUUCUCCAGCCAGAACAUGAGUCACCCGGACAUCAAUCCUUUCAAUUUGACUGUAGAAACUGACAAGAUCAUCAAAGCAGUGCAGUCACUCUACAAUGUGAACAUAAACCAAGCUUUUGUAGUGGAGCAUUUCGUCAAAAGUUUCUCCAACCUGAACUUUGGUACGACGAACCAGACUGUGGACACUGAGAUGCUCAUGCACCUGUUGCAGCAGUUCCAGGACAUGCAAGUGCAAAGCAGUUUUUCUGCACUGAAAGAGCUGUCAGAUGAGCUGGUCAGCCUGGAUCCUGAAUUGCAGCCUUACAUUGAAGCCUCAGAAAAAGCAAUGAGCCUCAUCCUGACCAACUAUGAUCACCUUCUGAACGGUUCCUCAUCCCAGGAGCUCUUUGAAGAUGCACUGAUAGUUUUUCUGACUUCUGCAAACCUCACUUUAGAUCAGAUCUUGAUGGUUACAUCAGAAGAUUCUGAGGACAAUUUCAUCUCUCUGAAUGAUUUGAUAAUGGAAGCCCUCAACUUGGUAUCAGAGAUGUCAUUGUUUGGAGAAGACUCUAUGGCUUACCAAGCUUUGGAGGAGCUUUUAGCAUCCAAUGACACAAGCUUUUUAGGGGAAAGGCUGGUUGAUUUCUUUGUGUGGUUAACCUCAACUGAAACACCUGACCUGGAUUGGUUUAGUCUGACUUUAACCAAAGCGUACGACAUCGUGAGGCCUACGUUGUCCCUCCUGACCAAGAUGGAUGUGAGAAUGUCAUCUUGUGCAGAGCUGUUUGAAGACCUGGCUAGAAACAUUAUUGCAAUGUUGAGACAGUUUGUGAACACCAGUGACCUCCUGCCCCCAAUGUAUGAUCAAACGGGCGUGUCACACGAAGAAAUGAUGAACAAUUUCAACCAAGGCAAAGUCAGACAUAGACGGGAUGUCUCAUCGAUGGCACAACCGACUCUCAUAAAUGACUUUGGGGACUUGUUCCGCAUUGACUAUCCAUCCAUGUUCAGAGCUAUCUCUCAGUCUCCAACCUCAUCAGAAAUGAUAGAGACCGCUCACGUGCUUUUUGCCAACCCUGAUCUGAAUGUUGUAGUCAAGGGAGCUACGACCAACAUGUCUUGGGGCUUGAAUGCAUCUCGGGAGGCAACUAUUGACUCUGCUCUAGGAAUGUUCUCCUUCCUUAGUCACCCCGACCUGCUGACAAGCCCACCAAUGGAUAUCUUGACGAAUGCUACUAACGGGCUUCCUGAUGCCAUCCCAUUCUCCUCCGUGAUAAAAAAUUUCACCAAAACACUUGCCAGUGAAUCCCCAGAUACCCUGAUCCGUAUGCAGCAGGCAGUCCAAACAACUGUUCAGCUUUUACAGAGCCACCCCAAAUCUUCCGAGUUCACACAGCAGCUACAACAACUAAAAUCUCAGCUGUGCCCCCUGGAGAGCACACAGUCCAUGCAGCAGGUCAUGUCCACUCUUUCUUUACAACCUGGGCAGCUCUGCAACACGUACCUUCCCAGCCUGGAGGUACUGGCCAAGAACAGCACUUCAAUGUCUGACCUCCUGUUCCAAGCUGUCAUUGGAGAACCCAAGAACUACAAAAUCCAAGCAAACUGGACUUCUGUGUUGACUGAAGCUUUGGGCUUUAACACCACCAGCCUGGACAGCCUCAACAUGAACUUCACCCUACCAGUGAUGACAGUGGGAGGGAUGCUGAGGAAUAGAGCAGCCUUUGCUCAGGAUGUUCAGCAACACUUGGCUAUAAACCCUUCUGAUCUCGACCCGCUGAUGAACACUACACUACCAAAUGACAACUUGGAGAUCCUGUCCUGGAUGGUAAACAUGCCUCACUGCAACACCACAAGCUCUGACAACAUGAAACCAACAGAUGAGGCCAUCCAGAAGUCUCUCUGCUUCUUGUCUUUCGGAGAGUUGUACCAGUUGUCUCUGUUGGCAGCAAAACACAUGAACACUGAGAAACUCCUCUACAGAAUGGUGUUGUCUGAGGAAACACAGAAGGUGGUGGGAGUUUUGCUCAAGGUAUCUCAAGUUCUAACAGAGAUGAUGGACAAUAUUCUUCCAGUUGUGAGCAAACUGCAAAGCUACCUCAGCUCUGUAAAAGACCUAAAUCUGGGAGCCAACAAUGAAUUCAGACAGAUGACAAAAGGUCUGAGGACCACCAUUUCAAGCCGAGCCACCUUUGUGACCAUUUCCCGUGCUUUGUGUAGUAACGGCAUCCUGGCUCUGUUUGGGAUCUCCAAACUUCAUGACAUAUCAAAUCCAAGCCCCUCUUUCUUCAAUAACAUUCAGAGAGAAGAGAUGAUUGACAGGUUCAAGAUUCCACGAAAUGCCACUCCCUUCUGUAUGAACAUGUAUCUGGAUAUGGUCAACACAACCGGCGGAGCCAUCGCUUGGGCCUUCCUCAAACCCAUGUUGAUGGGGCAAAUCCUUUACACACCUAACACCCCUGAAACCAGGGCCAUCAUGAAAAAGGCCAAUGCCACCUUGGACGAGUUUGGAAAUCUAAGGAAAAACUCUGAGGAGUGGAUCAAAGCCUCCAAUAACAUCAUGAGCUAUUCGAAACUCCUCAGUACCACUCUGCCAAUGCUGCAGAAUUCGCUCAGCAAUAGCUUUGUGAAGAAUUUCAUCGAAAUGCAGACAAACAUCAAUGUCGACGGCAUGAAGGAGACUCUCAACAAUUUUUCUAACAUGACAGAGUUGCUGGACAACCACAAAGAUGUACUUGACCAGAUCACCACCUUGUCCACCUUGAUGAUGCAAAUCUCCUCCUGCGUCACGUUUGACCGUUAUCGUGCCUACGACUCAGAAGAGGAGCUUAACGCUGUAGCAGAGGCUCUUGCAAAAAACAGAGAUCUGUAUGCAAGUGUUAUCUUCAAAUCCUCCAAAGAUUCAUCCAAACAGCGUGAGAGGAGAGCCACCGGCUCUUCAUCAUCCUUGCCUCCCCAAAUGAGCUACACCAUCCGCAUGCACAUGGACAAUGUCAUGCGGACGGACAAAGUGCGCAACCCGUACUUUGUGAAGCAGACAUACAUCUCGGCCAGUCAGACGAUGCGCUACAACAGGGGGUUCGUCUACCUGCAGGAGAACAUUGAUCGAGCCAUCAUCGAACUGCAGAGUGGGCAGAAAAUCACAGACACGGCUGUACAGCUGCAGCCUUUCCCCUAUCCAUGCCAUCUGCGAGACGAGUACCUGGAGGCCCUCUCUUUUGUCUUCCCUCUGUUGCUGAUGAUAGCCUGGUUGUUGUUCGUGGCUGAUUUUGUGAAAAAGCUGGUGCACGAGAGAGAGCUGAGGUUACAUGAGUACAUGAAAAUGAUGGGAGUCAACCCACUCAGCCACUUCUUUGCAUGGUUUUUGGAGUGCACCACCUAUCUGCUGUUGACCACCGUAAUUGUGACCAUUGUGCUAAAGUUUGGCAAAAUUCUGCCAAACAGCGACGCCUUCCUGAUCUUCCUGUACCUCUGUGACUAUGGUUUGAGCGUCAUAGCCUUCAGUUACAUGGUCAGCUCCUUCUUCGACAAGACUUACAUCGCUGGUUUAAGUGGCAGCCUCCUCUACAUCCUCUCCUUCUUCCCCUUCAUUGUGGUCUUGGCCCUGGAGUCUGAACUCAGCGUCCACCUAAAGAGCGGCCUGAGUUUGUUUUCUCCCACCUGUUUCAGCUAUGCCAGUCAAUAUGUUUCUCGUUACGAGACCCAAGGAGAAGGUAUGCAAUGGAGCAACUCGUACGACUCCCCCAUCGCAGGAGACACGAGCUCUUUUGGUUGGCUGUGCUGGCUCAUGCUCAUUGAUUCCACUCUCUACUUCAUCAUCGGGGCCUACGUUCGAGUUGUUUUCCCCGGAAAAUAUGGCAUUCCUGCGCCAUGGUACUUCCCUUUCAAGCUGUCUUUCUGGACUGACCUGUGCUACGGCAUUCGGGCAAGCAGCGAUGGGCGCAAAGGACGUCUCCAUACCAACGUCAUGCAGAUAGACCACUCCUUCUUUUCCGAAGAAAAGGCCAAAGGCAAGAGUGCCCUAUCCUCGCAGACCGGGGAGGAUUUCUCAUCACUCCCAGUGGGAGUUUCACUCCAUGGCCUUACCAAGAUCUACGGUGACAAAGCAGCGAUUGAAAACCUAAAUGUCUCCUUUUAUGAGGGUCACGUCACCUCCCUACUGGGUCACAACGGAGCAGGCAAAACUACCACCAUGUCUCUCCUCACUGGCCUUUUUGCACCGUCAUCCGGUUCCAUAGACGUCUACGGCAAAGACAUGCAAACAAACAUUGAUGCUGUUCGCAAAGAACUGGGGGUCUGCAUGCAAUACGAUGUCCUCUUUGACCAUAUGACCACCAAGGAGCACCUGCUGCUGUACGGCCAAAUCAAAGCGCCACACUGGACACCUAGAGAGCUGCGCGAGCACGUCCGCACGAUCCUGAACGAAACCGGCAUGUACCCCCACAGACACAAGGUUGUAGGCACUUUGUCGGGUGGGAUGAAGCGCAAGCUGUCAAUCUCCAUCGCCUUUAUUGGCGACUCUCGUUUGGUGGUUCUGGAUGAACCCACCACAGGAGUGGAUCCCUGCUCCAGACGCAGCAUCUGGGACAUUAUCAUUCAACAAAAAAAGAAGCGCACCAUCAUCAUGUCUACCCACCACUUGGAUGAGGCUGAAGUGCUGAGUGACCGGAUUGCCUUCCUGGAGAUAGGAGGAUUAAAAUGCUGCGGAUCACCUUUCUACUUAAAGGAAACGUUGGGUCAAGGCUACAAACUCACCCUAACCAAGAAGGUUCAAAAUGCCCAAUCUGACCAGAUGGAUUCUGCUGAACUUAAGGCUUUUAUCCAGUCUCACAUACCCGAAGCCCGUUUGAAAGACACCCAAGGGGGCGACAUGAUCUAUUCACUGCCCCCCUUCAACUCCAAAAACGCCUCCUCGUACCGCUCCCUCCUUACAGCUCUGGACGCAAACCUUGACGACCUUCAGCUGGGGAGUUAUGGCAUCUCUGACACCACUCUGGAGGAGGUGUUCCUCCAGUUGACGAAUGACAGUAGUGUACAUAAGGAUGGCCCACUGACUGUAUCAGAGACCAUUUCUGAUACUUCAUCCAUCUCCAGCCUUCCUUCAGAUCUCUCUGACAGCGCCUCCAAUUUUAACGACAAGUCGAAUCUUACCAGUACAUUUGUGGUCAGUGGAAUGGCCUUGGCCUGGCAGCAGAUGACAGCUAUCCUCAUUAAGAGGUUCCACCACAGCCGUAGAGACUGGAAGGGUCUGAUCUCUCAGAUUGUGCUUCCUGUUGUCUUUGUGCUCUUUGCUAUGGGCCUGAGCUGCAUUAAGAACGACCUGCAGCACUAUCCAGAGCUGAAGCUCAGCCCUGAGCUCUACAAUAUUGGACCAAGCUACUCUUUCUUCAGGAACCAAAACUCCAGUUCCAGCCCGCUUGUGAACACCAUGAUGUCAUACCCUGGAAUUGAUAAUGGCUGCCUUGAAAUGUCUGAUAAAGAUGUCUGCACAAGGAGCGCAAGCAGCUGGAGCUCCAGAGGGAACAGCUCCAAACCAUUUACGGUCUGUAAAUGCAACCGAAAGGAACAGGUUUGCCAGAAGAAAAAUUACCAGCCUCCACAUAAGAAAAUCCCAUCAUCUCAGAUUGUCUACAACCUGAGUGGCAUCAAUGUGGAGAACUACCUGUUGGCUACAGCCAAUGACUUUAUUAGAAACAGGUACGGUGGCUUUGAUUUAGGCAUGCCACUCCCAUUUGACCUGAAAAUGGAUGUGACGACAGUUCCCAAAAACCGCACUUUGUCUAAGGUCUGGUUCAACCCUGAGGGUUUCCACACAAUGCCAGCAUACUUGAACAGCCUCAACAACUUGAUCUUACGCUCCAGUAUUCCUGCAGACAAAGAGCCUAGUAAAUAUGGCAUCUCAGUUUCCAGUCACCCCUAUUUUGGCCGAGUGGAUGAUGAAGUUGUAGUGGUCCAAGGAAUGAUCCAGAUCCUCGUAGCCAUGUGUAUGCUGACGGGAUUUUCAAUCACAUUAUCCAGCUUUGCCAUCUAUGAAGUCAGCGAGCACCAAUCUGGAUUCAAGAGGCUCCAGCACAUUGCUGGCAUUGGAGAGCCUUUCUACUGGGCUGUGAACUUCUUCUAUGACAUGGCCCUGUUUAUGGUUCCCGUGACUUUGACUGUUGGUGUGAUAGCUGCUUUCCAGGUUCCAGCGUUUACAGAUCGGCAAAACUUGGCUGCAGUCGCUCUACUCCUGGUGCUCUUUGGGUUUUCCACCUUCCCCUGGAUGUAUGUGUUGGCAGGUGUAUUCAGAGAUGCAGAGACAGCAUUCAUCACCUAUGUAUGCAUCAACCUCUUCCUUAGCACCAAUACCGUCAUGUCCACUUCCAUCCUCUACUUUUUGGGUCAAGUGUCAGCAACACACUCAGAGGUCAUCCAGAACGCGUUUGAGACGCUGAGCAAUGCCUUCCUCAUCUUCCCUCAGUUCAACUUUGGGAAUGGGCUGAUGUACAUGGCCAGAGUGAACAUAGAGGUCCAGAUUCUUAGUGGCUAUGGAAUCGAUGCCUAUAAGAAUCCAUUCUCCACAGACGGAUUAGGCUGGAUGUUCAUUUCAUCUUUCAUCAUUGGCCUGUUCUUCUUUACCCUCCGCCUGCUGCUAAACAAGAUUCUCUUGCGCAAAGUCUGGCGUCUGAUUAAGGGCAAAAAGGCCUCGCCUCCAAUUACUCUUGAAGAGGAGGAUGAAGAUGUGGCAGAGGAGCAUUUGAGGGUGUCCAGCGGAGCAGCAAGCUCAGAUGUACUGCAGCUGAACCAGCUCUCAAAAGUUUAUCAACACCUCAAGAAGAAGGUCCAUGCUGUUAAGAGGCUCUCUGUGGGCAUCCCUGCUGGAGAGUGUUUUGGCCUGCUGGGAGUGAAUGGGGCAGGAAAAACUACCACCUUCAAGAUGCUGACUGGAGAUGUCAGCCCGUCUGAUGGCUCAGCACAUAUCAGAGACUGGGAUGGGCGGUUAGUAGACAUCAUGGAGUGCAGGAAGCAGGGAAUUUACAUCGGCUACUGUCCCCAGGUGGAUGCACUUGAUGAACUGCUCACUGGCGAAGAGCAUUUGUACUUCUAUGCUCGCAUCCGUGGCAUCCCGAAGAGGGAGAUUGAUGGGAUGGUGAACUACCUGCUGAAGAGACUGGAGCUGAAUUACUACAGAAAGAUCAUCACGGAUGGCUACAGCUGUGGCACCCGUAGGAAGCUCUCCACCGCUCUAGCUCUCAUAGGGCAUCCACAAAUCCUGCUCUUGGAUGAGCCAAGCUCUGGUAUGGACCCACGCACCAAGCGUCACCUGUGGAAGAUCAUCUCAGAGGAAGUCAAAGGAAAGAGUGCUGUUGUUCUCACAUCUCACAGCAUGGAGGAGUGCGAGGCGCUGUGCAACCGUCUUGCCAUCAUGGUGAAAGGUCAGUUCCGAUGCCUGGGCUCCCUGCAGCACAUUAAGAACAGGUUCGGCAGUGGGUUUACUGUGAGGAUGUACUUGGCCGAGGCUUCUUGUGAUGUCGAGGCAAUCACUGACUUCAUGCAGCGCAAGUUCCCCAGCACAUAUCUCAAGGACCAGCACUUCACCAUGGUAGAGUACCACGUGCCAACUGCUCCUGGAGGGGUUGCUGACAUCUUCAACCAGCUGGAGUCCAACAAGAAUACUUUGCAGAUCAAACACUUCUCUGUGAGCCAGACCACACUGGAUGAGGUCUUCAUUAAUUUUGCCAUGGGAAACACCGACUUGGAAACCACACCAAUUCAAAAUGAGGAGGACUCAAAAAGCCUGGACUCCAUUGAGGCUGUAAAAUCCUAGACUGUCAUUUCUUUUUGCUGCUGUAUCCAACUGAAACGAUGUCUUCUUGUUUGUAGAAUGUAUAAAAAGAUUAAUUUCUUGAAGGAUUUUUGACAGAACAUAUGAUUGAAUAAAUUUAAAUAGGAAAUGGAUAUUUCUCCUGAACAAAUCAGUAAUGAGAAUCAAAAAAGCACAUGCACUUUUGCAUUUGUGCACAGAUGUCUUGUUUAUUUUCUUGUUUUUAGUCCUAUAAAUGACACAAAUUUGCUAUUUUGUUUACAUUGAAAUUCACAGAUCAUCUUAAGACAAUUCAUUAUGUGUUUUGUUGCUGUUCUUUUAAUCUCUAAGCUCUCUUAAUUUUAACUUUGGGAUCAGCACAAAAUCAGCCUUCUGUUAGAAAUACACAAUUGUAUAACAAAGUAAAUAAUUCAGUUAAUAAAGACAUAUAAGAAUAUGUCAUUUAAAAAAUCGGAAGUUCAUAUAAAUGUAGAUUGUAAAUUUAUAAACAGAAAAUAUAUACACACAAAGCUCUCUACUUUUGAACUUUGGAUUAAGUCUCACUCCAGGGGUAUUUCCUAUAUUUACAAUAAAUGUAUUGAAUAUUUAUAAUACUUUUUUCUGCUCGAGAGCCUUCCCAUGAUCAUAAAUGCAUCAAGAUUCAUUAUGUAAUAAAGCUUUUUUCUCAAGUGCUCA